AUGUGGUUACACAAUGGUUUGGUGCUGUCGGCGGUGGCAACCUGGGCGACUACACGAGGGCGUGGUACGCUAGACCAAGGCAGUGUGUGGGGAAACGUGGUUUCCUGGAUUUGUCAGCACUGCAGACGCUUAAGACGCUUUGGAUUGGCGUGGGACGUCGAGGACGUCGGGGCAUUCAGUGCAAGGGCAGGAGAGACGUUCAGAGAAAAGCUAAGGGACCCUGAGAGGAGAGGACGUUACCAUGAAUUAUUGGUUUAUUUACUGGCGAUUUUUGAGAUGGAUUUGUUAAAAGAGCUGACUGCAUAUGGUCAAAGUUUGGAGUUGACGGGAGCGGAUCUUCAGAGGUUUAUCCGUGAACAGCAGGCACAUCUGCGAGAACUCAGAGUUGAGCAAAGAGAGAGACAAAAGGAGGACAGAGACUAUGAAUUGAAGAGGGAAGCGUUGGAAUUGAGUUUGAAAGAGACAGAAUCUAAAGGUGCUAAGUCAGUCAUAUCUGAUGGUUCAUUAGCAAAGUUUCCUAAAAUGCCAUACUUUGAUGAGGUUAAAGAUGACAUAGACUCUUUUCUUAGACGAUUUGAAAGAUACGCUAUAGCACAGAAGUGGAACGAAGGAAUGUGGGCCGUGAACUUAAGCGCAUUACUUAAAGGACGAGCUCUUGAUGUCUAUGCCCUACUUCCACAAGAAAAGGCUCUGGAUUAUGCAGUCCUUAAAACAACUUUGCUGAGGAGGUUUGAGAAAACAGAGGACGGUUUUCGAGAAUAUAGCAAAAAGGAAACGAUAUUUGAAAACAGAAAUCCAGUUGCAGCAAGAGAUCAACGCAACCAGAAGGAGCAAGUGCCGCCGAAGACUAAUGGUCAGUCCUUUUCACAAAAGAAGAAGACAGGGAAGGAUAUUCGAUGCUACAAAUGUUCCAGGCUAGGACAUAUAGCCUCGCAGUGUAAACAGUCAUCAAGUAAGAAUCAAAGCUUCGCGGUGAAAGCGGAUGCUUCAAGUGAGUCAGGAAGCAAUUUGAAGGAAACCACAGAUUCAGGCAAGUGCUCUGCUUUUACAUCUAUAACAUCAACUUCAACAUUUUCAAUGGCAAAUUCGUCAGACUUAUUAACUACAUCAGCUUGCAGUGUAGCUAAUUUCUCAGAUCAGAUGCCUGUUUGUGUUGGUGAAAUUAAUGAUCAGUCUGUUCAAGUACUUAGAGACACGGGAUGCAAUGGUGUAAUAGUGCGUAGGAGUCUUGUUAAUGAUGAUCAACUUACUGGAGACCAUCAAGUGUGUGUUUUGGCAGACGGAUCCAAAAUUGAAACCCCUAUCGCAAAGGUGAAUGUUGACACUCCGUAUUUCGUAGGAGAAGUGAAUGCGUGGUGCCUACAUGCUCCAUUAUAUCCUUUGACUAUCGGAAAAAUUCCGCAUGCUAGAGAUCCUCACGAUCUGAACAAGGACUGGAAGCCUAGUGCUGUGAAUGCUGUAGUGACUAGACAACAGAAACGCAUGGAAAGUAAGAAGAUAAAACCUCUUUCUGUUCCAGAAAUAAUAGGAUCUGAAGUUUGUCCAGAGGAUAUGUUAAAAGCACAGGAAGAAGACGAGACGCUGAAGAAUCUUAGAGCUUUGGUUGGAAAGGAAACCAACGGCAACAGAGUAAAGUACAUUUUGAAGAAAGGUAUGCUGUUUCGAGUUUUUCAGUCAGAGAAAGUCGAGAAUGGUAAGCAGUUUACUCAACUAGUUGUCCCUAAGAAGUACAGAAUGAAAGUUUUAUCACUUGCACAUGAGUCUUUAAUGGCAGGUCAUUCAGCUACGUCCAGGACAAUUGAUAAAGUGCUAGCUGAGUUUUAUUCGCCAGGAGUCCAGGCUGACACAAGACGGUUUUGUCGAUCAUGCGACAUAUGUCAUAGGACUACUCCUAAAGGUAGGACAACUAAGGUUCCAAUGAGUGUUAUGCCGAUCAUAGAUGAGCCAUUCAGACGCGUAGCAGUUGAUCUGGUAGGACCAAUACAGCCAAUGACAGAUAACGGUAAUCGUUAUAUUUUAACUUUAGUUGACUUUUCAACACGCUAUCCAGAAGGGGUUGCACUCAUAGGUAUAGAAACUGAAAGAGUAGCUGAGGCUUUAGUAGAUAUAUUUUGCAGAAUCGGAGUUCUGAAAGAGAUGCUGCUGACAGACAUGGGGACACAGUUUACUUCGGAGUUGAUGGGUGAAGUAAGUCGUUUACUUUCGAUGAAACAGUUAUCCACGACACCCUAUCACCCGAUGUGUAACGGCUUGGUGGAGAGAUUUAAUGGUACCCUAAAGCAGGAUUCUUCGACGACUGUGUUCAGAGCGGCCAAAAGACUGGGACAAAUACCUGUCAACAGCACUUUUUGCGUAUCGAGAUGCCCCACAGGAGAGUUUGGGAUUUUCGCCAUUUGA